AUGGAGUGCAUGGAAAUGCAAAGUGGUUGGGACCAAGGGUUCUACUUUGAUCUGAAGAAGAUUGAAGGGGUCUGCCGCUACUUCCAAGAGCUGUGUCAGAGGGCCUUUUGGUCAGUGCGAGGGGCUGGUGCCACCUUGCCAACAGAAACUACGCUUCUAAUUCAAUUUAUCGGCGUCCAUAUUUGUUCCAAAAUCCGUGACUAG